AGCUCCCGGAGGACUGCCACCAGCUCUUCCUGGCCGGACAGCAAAGCAGCGGUAUUUUCCAGGUGCAGCCUGCAGGGUCUCAGCCCUUCAAAGUCUACUGUGACAUGACCAUAGAAGGUGGCUGGACGGUGAUUCAGAGGCGCACAGAUGGUUCUGUGGACUUUGACCAGCUUUGGGAUGCCUACAAGAAUGGCUUUGGAGACCUUCGUGGUGACUUCUGGCUGGGCCUGGAGAAGAUACAUCACCUUGUCCAAGAGGGAAGAUACAAUCUCCUGAUUGAGCUGGAAGACUGGGAGGGAAAUUCCCAAGUGGUUCAGUUUGUCUUCAGCCUUGGUGAUGAGAGCACAGCCUACACGCUCAACCUGUUGGGACCUCUGUCUGGAGAACUGGAAAACGCUAUUGGGGACUUCAGGCAGCUGCCCUUCUCCACUCGGGAUCGUGACCAUGACCUCAAAGCUGACACAAACUGUGCCAAACACCUCUCAGGUGGCUGGUGGUUCAGCACCUGUGGCCAUGCCAACCUCAAUGGGAAGUACUUCCGCUCCAUCCCCCGCCAGAGGCAUGAGCGCAAGCAGGGCAUCUUCUGGAAGACAUGGAAAGGCAGGUAUUACCCACUGAAGUCAACCACCAUGAAAAUCCAGCCCACAGCACUGGAAGCAGAACCCUAA